AUGGCCACGGCACUCCAGUUUGAAGGGCUUCCAGACGGGCUCGAUCCGGGGUUUCAGAGUGUUGUGAAUUUUGAGCCUCCUAGAUCGAGCGACGGCACCGACUAUGCGUCUCGAGAUCAUACAGACGACCAGCAGCGGCAUGCGCCGUAUGUUUCGUUCGGCGAUGGAACUGUAACGGCAACGAGCGGCGCAUUCGGGUCCAUUCUCCGCGUCAGCCAGUACCUUGAUCGACCAGAUUUGAUCUCGAGAAUGCUUGUAUUAGACUAUCCGCAUGCGCCGCCUCCCUUCUGCAUCGUUGCUCGCGCCGAUGACUUGAUGAGCCAGGCGCAAUCCCAUCGAAACGGGUUCGGCUUGCGAAUCUCGCAGGUUGGCGGCGACAAUGUCACCGAGGACCAGACGGCACCCGUAAUGACAUAUCUGGGAGAUCGCUGGCCGCGCAUUCGAUAUAGCAUCGGCUAUGGAAUCAACGUCAGGGUCGAUCUGGUGUGCCAUGGCCAUAUGGUACUGCAGCGGAUGUGCAUCACGAACGAAAGCGCGAUCAAGGAGACGCUAUAUCUGGAGUUUGACCCGUGUUUCCUUUUGCGAGAUCUGGAUUACACAACCCCCAAGCACGUGCCCAGUGAUUCCAAGGAAGAGACCUGUGAUUGCAAGGACGACGUGCCCAGUGAUUGCUAUCGAGGCCCGCACGGCCGCAGCCUGAUUAAGAUGGAACGGCUGUCGUCGACUAGCCGUGGCAAACAAUUGUCUGUGAUCGUCGGCCUUUGGAAAGAUGGGGUUUCCCAGGAGCUGAAAGACGCUUCUGUAUUGUCUAUUAAACACGACAUGAAAUAUCGAGCGUCAAUAGAAUAUGUGGCCGUCUUCAAGAUACAGAAUCAGAGUCACGAUGGGACCUUUGCAUGGAAGGAUUUUGUCAUUGCAGGUGCUGAAGUAAACAGAUGUCUUCGAGAGUUGCCGGUGGAAUCUGUCAGCUGGGAAUGGCCACGGGCAGAGCAAAAGCACACGCGCUGGUCUCUCCGUCGUAACCUCGAGCAUAUAUUGGGAACUUGCAGUGUCUACCUACCAACCAAGAACCUGGAGCAUGGUUUGACGCCAGCUGAGGGACAGGCUCGGCCGAACACCGGGGUAGAUGAGGGACGACCCCAAGUGUCUGUGUCCGUUGAGAAUAAUGACGCCCCUCAGAUCAUCCUAGAAACGCCGGAAGGGGACAGUUACGUUAUCCAAGAGCCAGACCCAACCAGGUUCGAGCUGCUGAAGAUCAAUGAGCCGCGGAAGAUCAACGAGCAACAGAGCGCCCCUAGCCCUCGGAUAACGGAGGAAAUAAGCCCUGAAACCGGCUCGUUUUCCAGCGCUAUCAGUCUGACAUGCGGUGACUUUGGAGACCAUCGAGUGUGCAUAUCUGGAAGCUACUUCGCAUUCAUGUUCAUGCUCAAGAUGUACCAACAUGCACGACAUAGCACUCUGCAGAAAUCACAGAGCUCUGAAUGGGUACGCACCCAAAAUUCCAUGAGACGUAUCCACGAGACAUGCAAGGGCCACCUUCUGUGGCUAUCGCGACUUGCCAACAAAGACCUCUUUUCUACCAACCUCUGGGUCGAUGGAACUAGCAUCCCUAGCAGCUCAGACACAUCCCUGCCGCCGGACAGUCCUCCGAAUGUGCCUUAUCACAUCCUUAAGGAAUGGGUAUAUCACCUGCGUGCUACCAAAAAUCGACUCUCGCCGACCUGGGAGCACCUGCAGAAUAUAUCCGACAUCCCGAUAUACCGUCUUAGUGAUCAAGUCUGGAUUUGGAAAGCUCUGCAUGAUGUUCAGCAGCUGAUUCAAAAAGUGCAAGAGGAAAAGAGGAAGAUCCUGUUGGAGACAAGGACUACGCAGACAGUUCGAAUGACAGUUGGCGCAGGCCAGGCUUCAUCCACUCGCGCACUUGACGACUUCUUGCGCGAGGUGGGCCCUUUGUUUCCCAGUCUGAGAAUGCGCAGACCACUCUCAACACACUCACUGGACUUCACAGUGGAGGACAUAAGAAAGCAGAACAUCCGACGCUUCACUCUUGAAAACGACGUGCUGAAGAAGCGGAUGUUGAGUGUGACCCGUUCUGCUCGAGAAACGCGCUUUCUCUUUCAUUCCCGGGACACAGUCUUAUACUACGGUAAAUCCUGGGGGUUCCUGAAGAAGGAUCAAAUGGAUAUAUUUGAGCAGCUGGUGAAGGCACAGAUUCAUCAUGACGAGGAAGGCGUCGAUGAAGCUCGAUGGGACAACUCGUUGCGCUACGCUCUGGCACUUCUCAUGGCCCAGUCCAAGCACCAGCUUGAUCAAUCGCGCCGCAACGAAGCUCUUCGCAAUCCUGAUUCAAGCGACUCUGCGGUCGAAGGACCUGAAGGAUCUGCUAGUCAGAGGUCCGCUAUACCGCAGACCAAGAAGUCCACUGAAAUCCCAGCAAAAGUUCUAGAGAAAGCCGUAAUCUCCCAUGAAAAGAGCGAGUCUGGCACCCGCUCCGAGCACCUUGCAGUCAUGGUUCAAAGGAGCCUCAAACGACAAAAUCCUCACGGCCGUUUGGUUGAUGCUAGUAACAUUGUCGAAGUGCCAGAGGAGUGGCUGUAUAAGUACCCCGAUUUCCUCGACUAUGAGCCACCCGGAAAAUCUGAUAUCGAGAAGAUAAUCAGAGAAGCACAGCUGUUAUCGGGAAAUAUAAAGAACACUCCUAGUGAUAUUGUUCGACAAAUGAAGGAUGAUGCGGAGAAUUCCAGUCGGUACAGUUAUAUUGUGGAUGUUCGAAAAAGUAGGAAGCAGCACAAGCGGGGCAGGUUGGCCAAGUUUGAAAUGUACAGAUUUUGGAGCUUCCAUGCCUUGUGGAAAUAUCUUAGGCAACCGCGUUACGCAUUCUCUGCGAAGAAAAGGUUCAUCUAUCUGAAGUCGAUCGAUCCAGUUCGAGCCGUGAUCUGCUACGCCGCAUCUCCCGAGUCCGAAAGAAUGAGCCUUGCCCAGUUCUUCGACCGCCACGGGAAGUCAAAGCCCUAUCUACACGACGAUACGAUGGUUGCGCUCAACCUGUGGGUCACCGAGGUUUAUUUUCAGUACUUUUAUAAACUGAAUCAUGAUCAGAAGCCGCCUGGUCAAUCUGGACUAAAGUGGGCAAUGUUCGAACAACUCAAGUCCUCAGGUUGUCCGUUUUACCUGGUCACUGCCUUCACUGGCUUCCGCAUCGUUGGCGACUUCUUUGACCGAUACUGGACGUGCCACUAUGUUGACGGUGAUAUUGACGGCGACACAGACUCUAUCAACGAUGACCCCUCUCACUGGCAACAGAGAAGAGUGCUCGAGCUGAUCCUGCUCAGCCGCGCACUGGAAAAAGUCUGCAUGAACACGGAAGAGAUCCUCGAAGAGGUCGAGAGAGAGCCCAGAGAGAAUCAGUACUCGCCUCUCGACGAUCAAUAUGACAGUUUUGAAGACAGGAGCCCCGAAAACCUUCGAGAAUGCGAGAGGAUCCUGCUCCUCCUGAAAAGGAACAUGAUCAGUCUGCGGGAAGUCAUCGACCAGUGGGAUAUGCGUGAGAGCUCGCAGGGCAGAGAACGACCGCGCUGGACUCGCCGCGACGAGCAGAAGUAUCGAAAAUCAGUCAAGCAGAAGCGAGCCCAGCUCGAGGGCCAUGUCCGCGAUGUGCGCACCAAGGAAAUCCACAUAGAGUUCCUGCUCGGCCGGGUCACAAGUGCCCAGGAAGCCAUUCGCUCUAAAAAAUCCCUGCGAGAAGCAGAGAAUAUCACGCUCUUCACCUAUGUCACUGUCUUCUUCCUGCCCACCGGGCUGGCCGUGAGUAUCUUCAGCAUGGGUGAUGUCCCAAGCGGGACAGUCGUCGGGCGGAUGGUUAUUACUGCUGUCGUGGCCCUUGUCAUCACCGUCUCGAUACUGUACGGGGUUCUCCAUCGUUUUCAGUUCCUCGGCCGCUUCUGGAAAUCCGAAAAGCCCACUUUAGGCCGUAAAAAGGCUACUGGUACUGUGAAGAAGCCAGACGACGCGCCUGGGAGGCCGUUGGUGCAGGAUAGCGUUUCAACAAAAUGGUCUCCCAAAGGGUGGUUGGUUUCGCUAAGACGAUUAGAUACUAGGAGCCUAAACGAUGACCCUGCUUCAAAGCAUGUGUAA